AUGUCUUAUGACAGAUAUGCUGCUAUCUGUUAUCCUCUACUAUAUAACACAUAUAUGUCAUCUUGCAAGAUUGCCAUAAUGAAUUCUGUAGCAUGGAUAUUUAAUAUAUUUGGACUCAUUUCUUGUUUUGGUGUAAUCAUUUGUCCUUUAAGUUUAAUCUUUUACAGUUACAUGAAGAUUCUUAAAGUCUGUUUCUCUGGUUCUAAACAGACCAGACAAAAAGCUGUCAGUACCUGCACACCUCACCUUGUGGUUGUUUCCAUCUCUUAUGGUUCAGAUCCUCUCUGA